UCAGCAGCUUCACUGGGGGACAAAGGAGGAAUCGCUGUGGCCCGUGGCUCAGGCGCUGUCCGUUCCGCGGGGAGCAGGAGUGAUGACAGCCCCGGAGAGCAGGUCGGUUUUCGAGGCCGCCCAGGACGCCGUCCUGCUGCGCGGGCUCACCCUCCUCACCGGAGCUGCUGCCGAGGCCUGGGGCACCGAGCCGGUACCGACGAACCCACAGCCGCUGGCAGUGAGAAGAAAGCCCAUGGGGUCCAUGCGGUGCCAGAACAGAUGUGCUGCUCCACCUGUGAGCAAGUGUUCAGCAGCCGGGAGGAGCAGACUGAGCACUACCGUCUUGAUUGGCAUCGCUUCAACCUAAAGCAGCGGCUCCUGGGGCGCCAGACAUUGCCGGUAGAAGCAUUUGAGGAGAAGACCCGUGCAGGCAGUGUCUCUAGCAUCUCAGGGUCUGAUUCAGAGAACUCUGAUUCAAGCAGUGAGUCAGAAUUGCUGCCCUCUGCCAGCAACAGCUCUGGGACCCUCCAGAUUCCACGUUCCCACAAGGUGCUGUUCCGCAAUGCGAAGGGCCAGCUCAUUUCUGCCUACCGCUGCGUGCUGGGCACUGCGAAGGGUAGCACUGAGGAACCAGUGGAGCUGGCAGCAUCACUGCAGAGCCUCAAUGCGAGCACGUGCUGGGUUGUGCUGAUGAUGGGCGGCGGGCACUUUGCAGGAGCUGUGUUCCGAGGCCCCCAGGUACAGGAGCACAAGACAUUCCACCGCUACACGGUGCGAGCCCGGCGGGGCACAUCCCAGAGCCUGCGGGAUGCCCACACCCCAGGAUCGACACCCAGGUCAGCUGGAGCCUCCCUGCGGCGUUACAAUGAGGCUGCCUUGCUCAAGGAUAUUCAGGACCUGCUGUCAGCCUGGGCACAGCACCUCAGUGAAGCUCAGCGCAUCUUCCUUCGGGCCCCUCGUCACAACCGUGCGCUGCUCUUUAGCAGCAGGAACCCACCCCUCACCCGGGGUGACCCUCGCAUCUGCCACAUCCCCCUCAGCACCCGCAGGGCCACCCUGCGAGAGGUGCUGCGAGUCCACAGCAUGCUGGCCAGCCUCCAGGUGUAUGGGAAGGACACGCCACUGGAGGAUAUCACUGGGUCCCCCCGGAAGGGCUGGCAGAAGAAGCGGCAGAAAGCAGAGGUGGAUUCCCCGCAGGAGGACAUGAGUGCCCCUGUCUUACCACCCCCCUCAGCCCUAAAGGAAGAGGAAGAAGAGGAGGAAGAAAGCCCUGCAGGGGAACUGGAGACUGUGGAAGUGACAUUGGGGACCUUGGACCUCCGAGAGUUUGAGGUGAUGCCCAAGCGAAACCGCAAAAAGAGGAAGAAGAGGGACAAGAAGGUGGAGAAAGGGCCCUGUGCUGAAGAGAUGGGAUACCAUGGUACCCAGUGUGGGCAGUCUGGCCUGGAGCUGGUGACAGAGCUGCAAGGGGAGCCUGAGCCCCUUUCCUGGGGCAGUGGAGGCAACCCUCAGACCCAGCUCCGUGAUGCCUUGUUCACCGCCUGCAAAACAGGGGACAUGGGGAUGCUGCGACACCUCCUUGGUGUACCAGAGCAUGGGGCCCUAUCAGGGGCCAGCAAGGAUGGGGAUGGCACACAGCUCCUGGAUAUGGCACGGUCCCUGCUCAACCAGCCCAUGGAUGAGCACGGCUGCACCCUGCUUCAUGUGGCAGCGCGGGCAGGGAAGGCUGAGGCUGUGUGCCUGCUGCUGGAGGCGGGAGCAGACCCUGCCCUCAGCAAUAGCCUGGCCUGCAGUACCUGUUGCACAUCUCUGGAGAGUCGCUGGGCUCAAAGACCCAUGGGACAGCAGAGUGAGCUGGUCUUCCUUGUCUUCAGAGAUGAUCAGGAGAGGACCCCGUACUGUGUCUCUGCUGACAAACUGACUCGCAACACCUUCCGCAAGUUCAUGGUGGACCACCCAGAGAAGUAUGACUACAACCGUGCCAAGGUGCCAGGGCCCUUGACACAGGAGAUGGAGGCCAAGAGGCUGGAGAAGAAGCGGGCACAGAAGGCGCAGCGGAAGCAGCGGGAGCAGGCACAGCGGGAAGAGCAGCAGCGCCGGGAGCAGGAGCAGGCAGAGAAGCAGCGGUUCGCAGCCCUGUCCGACAGGGAGAAGAGGGCACUGGCUGCCGAGCGGAGGCUGGCUGUGCAGCUGCAGGACACUGGCACAACUCUUGCUAACAUCAGCCGCUGCUGGCAUUGUGGAGAGUCCCUGCUGGGCCGGAUCCCUUUCCAUUACCUCGACUUCUCCUUCUGCUCCACAGCCUGCCUGCAAACACACCGCCGGGCCCAGGCUGCCCGCACGUAAGGCUGGGGGCUGCUGCUACCUGCCAAGGGCCGGUGGGGUGGAGGCAUGGAGAGCUUGCAGAGCACUGGGAGGACUUGCAGAGCAGUGCUGGUCAGAGGCACUGAGUUGGCCACGUCACACUGGUGCAACUGGCAAGGCUCUGGGCAUGAGUGUCACACUGGGGAUGUUACAGCUGAGCUAUUCCCAUGGGCUACUGGGAGGGGCCAGGACUGUUCUGUGGCAGGUGUCCGGCUGCUAGCUGUUCUCAUGGCUGCCUCAUAGGCUGCUGCAUGUGGUGGUGGGACAGAGCCUGACACGUGGACCAUGCAGCUGCUCUGGGCUACUUACAGCCGUGCCUACGCAUACCUUCUAGGCUGUGCUUUGCCCUCCCCUCUCCUGGAUGGCAUCAGUGUCUUGGCUGCAUCAUGUUAGCAACUACCUCCUCUGUCUGCAUUAGCAAUAAAGAGGUGCCUUGACCCCCGAGGUGUGUGGGGGAGUCA